AUGUCGAAUAGACGAACAAAAUAUACCAAGAAUAAUUUUCAAGUUGAAAAUAAUGAACAAUUUUCACGGAAACGUUCAUUAUCAAUUCAUACAUCACAACAAAUUAAUAAAAAAAUUUCUGGACCAACUUCCAAACGUUAUAAAAUACUUUUAACGUGUGUUGUCUGUAAUGAUGAUGCACACGGUUAUAAUUUUGAUGCUAUAUCAUGUGAAUCGUGUAAAGCAUUUUUUCGUCGAAAUGCAUCACGACCAUUGGAAAAAUUCAAAUGUCGUGGAAAUGGUGCUUGUGAUGUAACAUUUAAUAUAAGAAAGCGAUGCAAACGAUGUCGUCUUGAAAAAUGUCUUAAAACAGGUUAG